CAAUAACGGAUUCUAACCAUUCAUUCUUAAUUUGGGCCAAUCAGUUUUUCGCUUCAAAAAUAUUGAUAAAGAACUAAAGACAUAUUAUAAAUAUUAUUGAGAAAUUUCAAUUUGUUUGAUGAAGGGAUCCUUAGAAUAAUAACUGCAAUAAUAUGUUAACAAAUUCACUCAAAAAAGAAAACUGAUUGGCCCGAUUUUGGCCACCAGUUUUUCCUUAUAUUGUCCUCUUACUCUUGAAUCAAUCCUGCUACACGACUGCCUCACUGACUGCCUCCAGCACAAGACAGAAUGGUUUAUGCCAAAUAGUCUAUAAUAAAAUAAUUAAUUUAUAUAAUAAAAAUUUCUCACAUCUAUCUCUUUCAAUAUACGUGCUUUGAAUGCUGCUAACAAACUCGACAACAUACUUGAGAAAUCGUCUUCAUUUAACGAUACUCCAAUGUAGGCAUGUUAAUUGUAACGAGCAAGAUACUAAAGCAAACAAGACACAUGCUAUAACAUUUUUCUACUAUAUAAAUAAUCUGAGCCAUCAUUUUCAGGUGCUCUUUUAUGAUCAUAAUUCAUAAUAAGGUUCUAAGGUCUAUUCUAGUAAUUAAUUAGUCACUUGGGGGAUUUAUUUUUAUCGACCAGUGUGGGAGUAUUUACCAUUACCA